AUGAAGCUUGCGUCCUUAUUGGCUCUACUUCUUUCCGCCGCAACAACAGCCUCAGCGCACGCUUAUAUUAAGGAAUUUGUCAUCGACGGUCAAUCAUACCCAGGGUUUGACCCGUUUGAGCCACCGCAACCAGGCAUAGUCGACCAGUACUGGGAUACCAAUUUUAGAAAUAAAAAGAAUACCGAUGCCUAUGUACCACCCGGGAGCGGUGAUGAGAUCGUUUGCAGAAAAAACGCCCAACCUGUCCAGACCGUUGCUAUGGCGCGAGCCGGUGCAUACAUCACAUUUCGCUGGACCAGGUGGCAGACCAACCAUAUCGGCCCGAUUCUGACUUACUUAGCCGAUUGCAAUGGUAAUUGCGCAACCGCGAUCGGUUCUCAAUUAUCCUGGUUUAAAAUCGACGAGGCUGGAUACAACGGCAGACUCUGGGCAACCGAAGUUCUGCAAAAGCAGGGGAAAUCCUAUACUAUCCAGCUACCCAAGACCCUCAAAGACGGACAAUAUCUCCUCCGCCACGAAAUGAUUGGGUUCAAGAACAGUUUUAAAGAUCAAGCCCUCCCGGUUACCCAGCUUUAUCCGACUUGUGCAAAUAUACAGAUAAUUAAUGGCAGCGGUCAGGUUACACCUCAGGCCGUCCCACUGCAGGGUUACUAUCAAGAAGGUGCCCCCGGCCUCCCAGUCAUCGAUAUACAACGUGGGAUGAAGUACCCUUUCCCUGGACCACCUCUUACUCCAGGACUCGGUAACACGCCGAGUGAACAACUCAACCCGGGUGUCAACAAGAAUCCAACUUAUGAUCCCUUUCAAGAAAAGCUCAAUGAGCCAACCGACGAUAAUGGUACGGUUCCGAAUUUCCACCUCGAUUGGUUCGCAAGAAAUGGUGUAGCACCUCCAACUGGCCAGCCGAGCCAGAAAAGGUCAAUCGAUCAACCUUCGGAUCUUCAAAACUUAAGCAGCCGGGGGCUAACAAAUAGCCGGCCAACACACAAUCGGCGUGUACAAAAUGAAGGAAGACUAUUGUAUGUAGGAGAUCCCCACAGAUUCCGACAAAAUUAUCGAGUUAGACGAAGGUGGAGUCAAGUGAGAUGA